AUGGCACCGUUGCUGGAGGAACCAGCUGCUGCUCCAUUUCUUGGUCACUUCACUGUUCCCAAGAAAGAGACUGCAGAGCACAACAAAUUCUGGUACGAGCCAGGGCGCACAACUGUCAGGAGACACGACGAUUACCCUUAUGAAGAUCUUCUGCCCUCAUUUCCAGAUGUUCAGUGGGACGCUAUAGGGAAGGUUCCAUACGAAGAUAAAGGGCUUCGCGGAGACCCAAAAUUCCGUCACUUGCUGCAAGACGCAACUGACGUCUUUGACUACACACCGAGGAUUGGAACGGAGAUAGAUGGGGUCAAUCUGGCCAGACUCAACGAUGCCCAGAGGGAUGACCUUGCCCGCCUGAUCGCCGUCCGUGGCGUGGUAUUUUUCCGCAAUCAGAAGGAUUUUGAUAUUGAAGCUCAACGGGAGUUGGGAAAAUAUUUCGGAACGUUGCAUAAACAUGCCACUACUGCCGUACCAAGGAAGAAGGGGUUGGAGGACGUGCAUGUUGUUUAUACUGGGGACAACUCCUCCGACCAGCGAGCACUGUUUUCCCCAAGCUUCCUAUGGCAUUCCGACGUAACGUACGAGGUUCAACCACCAUCAUACACAUCAUUGAAGGUCCUGACAGGGCCCCCUCGAGGAGGCGGUGGUGACACACUCUGGUCGUCUCAAUACGCGGCAUACGACGCUCUCUCCUCGCACAUGCAGAACUACCUGAAGGGCUUGACUGCUCUCCAUACAGCCAACAUGCAGGCAUCAGACUCGCGGGCUCUUGGUCGAACUGUUCGUCGCGAGCCGAUCACCACAGAGCACCCUUUGAUUCGCACAAAUCCAGUCACUGGCUGGAACAGUCUCUUCUUCAAUCCUGGCUUCGUAACCAAGAUUGUGGGCAUUCCAAAAACAGAGAGUGACGCCAUCAUAAGGUACCUCACCGAGGUUGUUGCCACCACGCAAGAGGCGCACGCUCGUUUCCAGUGGGGUGAGAACGACGUGGCUCUGUGGGACAAUCGAACAACAAAUCAUUCCGCUUCUUACGGCUUUGCUCCCCACCGUCGCCACGCCGUCCGAGUCGCCUGCCACGCUGAACGCCCCUACUUGGACCCCGAAGGCAAAUCUCAGGAGGAGGAAUAUAAUGCUUACUAUAACCUACCAGCUGUGAACAAGGAUGGCUCGCGUCAAUCCAACUACAACGAUUGA